AUGGAUGCCAACAUCCAGCGUGCCCUUAAUGAUAAGCUCUACGACAAACGUAAGAUCGGGGCUCUGGAGCUUGAACGUGUUAUUCGAGAUCUAGUCAGUGUCAAGGACUAUCAGCGAGUUCAUGAUAUUCUGGAGCAGCUUUGCAACGACUAUGCGUACGCUGUGCAUCAGCCUCAUGCCAGAAAUGGCGGCUUGAUAGGCCUCGCUGCCGCCGCUAUUGCCCUUGGUCCAGAGCUACCCAGAUAUCUCGCCAAGAUUGUUCCCCCUGUCCUGGCAUGUUUCACCGACCAAGAUGCAAGAGUAAGGUAUUAUGCUUGCGAGGCCAUGUACAAUAUAGCCAAGGUUGCAAAGGGAGAAAUAUUGGUGUAUUUUAAUAGUAUCUUUGAUCAGCUUUGCAAGCUUGGGGCGGACUCGGAGCUGUCAGUCAAAAACGGAGCGGAACUGUUGGAUCGACUCGUAAAAGAUAUUGUAUCUGAGUCUGCUGCUUCAUACGUCUCUAUUCUCGAGGCACCGCCAGAGUUCGAUGGCGAUGAUAAGGUAUCGCUGGGCGAGAACUCUCACUUGCCGACGGCGUUCUCCCUACCUCGCUUCAUUCCACUCCUGAAAGAGCGCAUUUGGGUUAUUAAUCCCUUCACUCGGCAGUUCCUCGUGGGAUGGAUUACGUUGCUGGAUUCUAUACCCGACCUGGAGCUCGUCACAUAUCUCCCGGACUUCCUUGGAGGUCUUCUCAAGUUCCUUUCCGACCAGAAUUCGGAUGUGAGGGUUGCCACACAAACCUGCUUGGAUAAGUUUUUGAACGAGAUCAAGCGCAUUGCGCGUAUAAAGAAGGGCAUCUUGGAAAGCAAACGGUCUAAAGAGGGCGCCAAGCGGAAACGACAAGACUCGAUCGAUAGCGAAUCGAUAAACCCUGACUUUGAGGAAGGAGAUGAGCUCGACUCAGACGCCGCACUCGAUGACGAUGACGAUAGUGGAGAGGAUUGGAUUCCUGGACAAGAUGUCGAGAUAAAUUACAAGGAGAUUCUUCAGAUACUUACUGCCACGCUCGAUUCUCCGCUAGAGGAGGAUUGUCUCCUCGAGUCACUAAGAUGGGUUGUUGAAUUUCUAGAUAUUUGCCCCGAAGAAGUCCUUCCCUUUACGCCCAAGAUCCUCGCCCAUAUGCUCCCAGCUAUGGCUAGCACCAAAGAAACCAUUCAUCAAGCAGCAACCCGGGUCAACACAUGCCUGAUGGACUAUGUCGUUUCACUCUCAGACGACUCGGAGUUGAGUCAACCGCCACCUCCUGUUCAGCCGCCUCAACAUCUCUCAACCUCUCGACUUCCAGUUCCCGGAGAAAAGGGGGCCGAGGGCAUCAACAGCAACAGGGCAUCUCUAUCAAGCUCCAGAGACCUCGAUCUCCGUAGUCCCACGCCUGCUCAAGGCCGCUCGAUAUCGACUCCCGCUGAUAUCAACAUUACGCAGACACAAGCCGAUCUGGACUAUGCCGCCGCCGUCAACUCUCUGACUCUCCUCUUCCUCAACGACCAUGAAGCGACCCGGGUGGCCGCCUUGACGUGGCUUAUUAUGCUGCACAGGAAAGCUCCCCGAAAGGUCCUCGCUUUCAACGAUGGCACGUUCCCAGCAUUGCUGAAGACAUUAUCCGAUCCCUCAGACGCCGUAGUAACCAAGGAUCUUCAGCUUCUCUCACAAAUCUCAAGGAAUACAGAGGACGACUACUUUGCAAAUUUCAUGGUCAAUCUCUUACAGCUUUUCUCAACAGAUCGAAAGCUGCUUGAAACUCGAGGAAAUCUCAUCAUUCGGCAACUGUGUUUAAGCCUGAGCCCGGAGAGGAUUUACAGGACACUAGCAGACUGCAUUGAGAAAGAGGAAGACGUCGAAUUUGCAAGCAUAAUGGUGCAGAACCUUAACAACAACCUCAUUACUGCUCCACAGCUAGCAGACGUUCGAAAAAGAUUACGAAACCUUGAAACAAAGGAUGGUCAAACGCUAUUUGUGGCAUUGUUUCGAUCAUGGUGCUAUAAUGCUGUCGCCACCUUCUCACUUUGCUUGCUCGCCCAGGCCUAUGAGCAAGCUUACAACUUGCUGCAGAUCUUCGGUGAAUUGGACAUGACAGUCAACAUGCUCAUACAAGUAGAUAAGCUAGUACAGCUCAUUGAGUCACCCGUCUUCACUUACUUAAGACUACAACUCCUGGAACCUGAGAAGUACCCAUACUUAUACAAGUGCAUGUAUGGUAUUCUCAUGCUUCUACCGCAGUCCUCGGCAUUUGCUGCGCUGAAGAACAGACUCAACAGCGUCAGCUCUAUUGGUUAUCUACAUGCGGCACCUCGAACGGCUCCUCCAACUACAAGCAGCUCCAAUUUUGACAGACCCAAUCGACUCAAGAGCAGGGAAGAGGGGAAUAUACGAUGGGUUGAACUCCUGGAAAAGUUCCGAAGUGUGCAGGAACGAGCUAGACGCGCGCAGCGUCAGAACAACAUGGACGGUGACGAAGUCCCACCAAUGGGGGUCAGUGAACUCCGCAUUGGCGACGGAGCGGUAGACGUCAAAGGCAAGGAGACACGGGGUGUCGGCUUGCAAACAAUUCCCCAGAAAGAGCCAGCACCCGCUCCCCCAGUGCCGGCCAAAAGAAUCGGGUUGGGUAGACAGUUUGGAAGAUUGGGUGGCGCCGUGGCAGGUAAAGGGCGGCGAAACCCAUAG